AAGGAUGACCGCGGUGGGAGAUACCUCCAAAACUAGUCACGUGUAGAUGAGGCCAAGUCUACACCACCAUCUUCCUCACUCUUCCACCAGCUCAAACUUCGCCCACAUAUACGACAUGUCUGACUACGGAAGCUACGGCAGCGGUUCUAUGGACGCCAAGAAGCAGCAGGUCAUGGAUCAGGUUCGCAGCGAACUCGCGCUCGCCAAUGCCCAAGAGCUGAUCAACAAAAUCAAUGAGAAGUGCUUCGCCAGAUGUGUUCCUAAGCCAGGCUCUAGUCUGGAUAGCGGUGAACAGGCUUGCGUCUCCAAGUGCAUGGAUCGGUACAUGGAGGCAUGGAACAUCGUUUCACGAACAUACAUCGCACGCGUGCAACGCGAGUCGCAGAACAUGGCUGGUGCCGGCGGAUUUUGAGCGAGUAUGCUCACUUCAACUCAAGAUAGAAAUACAAAGCAGAUCUGUUGGAUGCGAAUAAAUAGCCUUUUCUCUU